AUGGGAAAGCCAAGGCCCAAAGAGGCCAUGUCGUCAUCUCGGAGUUGUCUGAAGCGAUUACUCGGAAGGUUUGGGCCAAGCAAGAACGAUCAGUCCGGCAGGGAACAAUCACAGGAAGCUGAGCAAGUCUUCCGAUCUGUGGAAGAAGAGACACCACGCCACAAAGACUCGGAAGCCCCUUCCCCGUCCGCAUUCCCUUCCACAACAUCAUCCAAAGAAGAAAUAACCUCAUAUUCUGAGACCGGUGCAGCUCCGGUGGAGCUCAAGGGCCUCUGGGGAGAGGCAUAUGAACAGCUGCUCCGGGAUUCCAGCAACGCAAAGUUGAUCAAGGCCUAUGAGUCUGCUCUCCUAGAAGAAGGCGGCGAUAACAAGGAUGUGCGGCCAGUUGAAUCCGAGAUCAGUCCUCGUCUACAGUCGAUAAUGGAGCACAGGCUCCAGGAAAUCAAGAACUCUCAAACCACAUUCCAUUUAGCAGGAAAGGAGAUUGUCGUUAGAGAUCAGGUCCGUCGAGCAGUUGACUUGAUUCUCUCAGUGCAAGGCGUCGUCACGUCAGCAGUAAGCUCAGAACCACACGCCGCUCUAGCCUGGGCAGGGGCUUUGGUACUCCUCGUGGGUCCCAUCACCAGGUCCGUCACUCAGGAUACAGAAGCCACUGAAGGCUUCGAAUGCAUCACGGCAUUUAUGGCUCGCUAUGCGGUUAUGGAAGGCAAUCUAGGCGACAUUUAUCUCAGAGCAAAGAAAUCAAAAACGUCCAAACAACUUCAAGCCUUGUCACGGUCGAUCAAAGCUCAAACUGUCGGUCUAUAUGCGAAGAUAAUUGAGUUCCAAAUGCGUCUCGCCCGGCACUAUUCUCGUUCAGGAUAUUUCAGGGUCAUGAGAGACAUGGUAGCCCCUGAGGAUUGGAAAGGGAUGCGUCAAGAUAUUGAGAGCAUCGACAGAUCCGUUUCCCGUGAUUUAGAGGAAGUCGGCAAUAACACACUACUGCACAUCGAGACGCUCUUGGAACAACAUCGCGAAAGUACGCAGAGCUUGAUGAUCAAAAUUGAAAAGGACACUGAGGAGGCAAAAAACCUUCGCUUACUUUCCAUCCUACGAGUGGCAUCCCAGGCACGGUUCGAAUCCCCGAAAAACGAUGCCAGGGCAAAAUGCUUCCGAGGAACCCAGACCAACGUUCUUAACCACAUUCGAAGCUGGAUCCUGUCAUCCGGGGAAGACUUUAUCUAUUGGCUUCCUGGAAUGGUCGGCAUGGGAAAGUCCACCAUCUCGCGAACCGUUGCGGCGCAAUGUCACAACCGAGAGUCCCUUCCCGAGAGUGUUUGUCUUGGUGCCAGCUUCUUCUUUGACCGGAAUGAGGGAUUGCAGAACGACGCCACUUAUUUAUUUCCUACCUUGUGCCAAUCACUCGCAGAGUAUCUGCCACAGCUCAAAGCUGAGAUCUGCAUCUCCAUUGAAGGGCACCCCAACAUUGCAAACGAAUCGCUCAGCAAUCAGUGGAAGUAUCUAAUUCUCCGGCCUCUCAUGAGCUUGGAGAAGAAGAACCGGCUUGUACCAUUGACAUUGGUCGUCGUCAUAGACGCACUUGAUGAGUGUAAGCCUAGAUACGAGGCAGACGAUGUUGAUACGAUUUUGGGAUUGAUCACUGAGGCUCAGCAGCUGAGCUUCAUCCGGAUGAAGUUUCUUCUCACCAGCAGGCCAGAGACCCAGAUUCGAUCAAGCUUCCAGAAUCUGCCUGCCUCACUGUUCCAUAAGAACACGCUUCGUAAAAUACAACCAUCACUCAAUCAGGAAGAUUCUGAUGACGACAUCAAACGAUUUGUUAGGCAUAGGCUAGGCAGUAUCGCUACAAAACACGGUAUUACAGAGAAAUGGCCUGAUGAGAAGAGAUUCAAAGAGCUGAUCAGGAAAGCUGAUGGGCUGUGGAUUUAUGCUGCAACCGCCUGCAAGUUCAUAGAAGGAGCGAGUCGCAACUUCGAACUGUACGGAAACAGGCGCUUGGACAUCCUGCUCAAGGACGACAGUGGUGUGAAAGAUCCCACCCCUCAACAUAACUUGGAUGAGAUUUACGGUCGAAUCCUCGAGGACUCCCUUCUUAGUUCGACCAUACCGAGUGAGGUGGAGUCAGUUUAUCUCGAUUUCCAAAGAACUGUUGGUGCCAUUGUCGUGCUGUGCCAACCUCUGUCCCCCAUUGCCUUGAGUGACCUUCUAUCUGUGGACCAACGAGAGACUAAAGGCAUUAUCGAUGGUCUAGGUUCGGUAAUACACAUAGACGGCAACGAACAUUCCCCUAUCCGACUUGCGCAUCUGUCCUUUCCUGAAUUUCUGACGAACAAGCAGAGGUGCUUGGAUGUGAACUUUCACAUCUCGAAGGAGGAGAAACACACUGCGCUGGUCACACGUUGCCUGCAGACACUUUCCAAGACGCUGAGACAGGAUAUUUGUCUUUUGGGAGACUCAUCCACACUCAAAGAGAAUAUUGACACUCAAACUGUGGAAAGAUACCUUCCUACUCAUGUUCAAUAUGCGUGCCUUUACUGGGUGGAGCAUCUUCUGUCAAGUAAUAGUCUCUCCCUCACUCUUGAUGACGGGCCUGUGCACCUUUUUCUGAAGACACACCUGCUCCAUUGGAUUGAAUCUUUGAGCAUCAUGGGAAGAAUGUCUGAGGGCAUUAGUGCCGUCAUAAAGCUUUCCGAGCAUUUCAAAAGUCUACGUGUGAGUUAG